GAGUGUUUCUUCUCUGGGGGAUUUGGAUGUGGGGCUCUGGAUGUGGGUGCGCAAUUAUGCCGCCAAAGUAACUGGGCAACCAUAAAUUUUCUUAUCAGCGCAAAGUCAGAAAGACAGGAGCGGAAUCCAAAAGACUUCAACCUUAAGCAGGCUUUCGAUUGGCAAUCAAACUUGUUUCGAUUGUUUUCUAAACUUGCACGCACACACGCACACACAUUUUGUACGACUAAAAAUCUAAGCCUUCAAAAUUAGAAAAGGAAAAAUCUUGUUAAAAGAACAAUAUGGAAAAGGUAACGGUACUAGAGCUAUUUGAUAAUUUCGCGACAAGAGACUAUAUGCUCGAUGAGGAUUUGCAUUUGCUAGAUAAUCUAGGUGAUUGUCAAAAUACCAAAUUGGAUGAAAUUGAUAUCAUAACCAGAACGACCAAAAACUGUCAUUUGUUUAAGAAACGAUUGGUUUCAAGGUCCAGCCAAAGAUCUUCAAAAUCGAACGAGCCACCUCCGGUGCUGGAAGAGAACAGCUCACAGGAAGAGGAAACAGAACUACUGCCCUUUGGUUUGGCUGAAGAGGAAGUUCCAUCGGAUGAGGAGACAAAGACACGAAAUGCCAUUCUUGAUCUGGAUCAGAUAUUGAAGAGAAUCGAUAUAUUACAAUGUCAGAUCCGUAGACGUCAGCAAAUGGAAAUCACAACCGAAGGGACACAACAGGAUGAGGAUCACUUGUCCUGUGAUGGCCUCAAUCCCAAGCAAUCGGAGAUUCGUUGCAUAAAACGAGCUCAACACUAUAUCCAAUGUCAGAUCACAGAACUCCUGUGUCGCUAUGAUGUUCUUAAGAAUAUUUUACGAAAAUUGAGUCAUCAAUGGUCAUGUCUGGAACGGCAGAUUGCCAACAUGCGCAGCCUGAACUUAGAUCAUUUGGAAUGGACUGAGGUGGCUGCCAAUGAUCUUAGCAAUUGCCAGAAUCGUCAUCGUUCUAUGGAUGCUGUGAAGUUAACUAAGAAGAUGGCUCUACUUGUUACCAAAACGAAUAUGUCGUGUGGUUUUCGCUAUAGUCGUCGAUAUCUUCGUCAGGCCUUAAUAAGACUUCAUAUCAAUGACUUCCACUAUGAACUCAUCGAGUUGAAACUUUUGAGUGAACAAAUUUGCAGUGAAAUUGAUCAGCGUUUGCACAAGAUCAAGUUGAAGGCUCAAAAUAUGGGAUUAGUAUUUCCUCAAACGCCAAGGCAAUCCACUUUAGUAGGUGCCGAUGUGGCGGCACCAUUUACGCUUGCCAGGGAGCAGCCAUGAAGGGGGGGGGUGUAAUAAGAAGAAUAAUUAGAAGUUCAUUAUCACAGUUACUGGGGAAAUGGAGAGGUAGUAAGGCAGGCAAAUGAUGAAAAGGACAACACAAUAUUCCUGAAACUGAAAUCAAUUCAAGACUUAAUUAUGUUUAAAAGGAAAACUAAUCAGCAAGAGAUCUGAAAAUCAGCAAAGGAAUUAAGGAACUUAGCUAGUUGCAAGUUUUCAACCAAAAUUAUUGAAAAUAAUAAAAAAAAUUGUUAGUUUGAAAAUGUA